GCUACUCCUCCCCGUCACCGUCCUCGUCGUCGUCCCUAUUUUUCGUCGGCGCUGUUGCUGCUGCUGCUAUUGCACUCUUCGUCGUCGUCAUCCUCCUCCUCCUUCGCCAUCGCCGAUCAAUGCCAGUGCCGGUCCAUGGUCCCCCUCUCCUCCACUUCCCCGGUUCACCUUUUUAUUCCAUCGCCGCUUCGUUGCUUGCUUGCAUUGCUGGUGUUGUGCACCGAUUCUGCAAGUGGAAUUUUCUGAGGCAUGGAAUUGCGUUCGCAAGCGGGCGGAUCGGUGCUUGGAGCGGAUCUGGGGUAUUUGUGAAGGGACGUGGAAGAGGACGGGUGAGAGGUGAUUCCGAGUACAUCUGUGGCGGAAAUGCGCGUGGUAUUGCAGCGAUGCCGCCACUGACAGAGGAUGUGGGUGUGAGACGGCUCGUGGUUUUGAGAGAGGGGCGGGAUCUGUGCGCUGGAUGUGUUUGUUCCGAGGGGCGCGAGAGUGAUGGGGACAAGUUAGUAAAUGGGCAUGGUGCGGAGCAUAACGUCGUGGGUUCAUCAGAUAAGAAGUUUCUGACGUUGCCGACCAUCCUGACCUUGAGCCGGGUGGCUGCUGUGCCUGUUUUGCUUGCUGCGUUUUAUUCUCAAGAGACAUGGGCAACGACGGCCACGGCGACAAUCUUUGUGCUGGCAGCUGUGACGGACUGGCUUGAUGGCUACCUUGCGAGAAAGAUGGGGUCCAGCUCGGAGUUCGGUGCAUUCUUGGAUCCUGUUGCAGAUAAGUUGAUGGUAGCGACUACAUUAGUGUUGCUUUGCACGAGACCUCCACUAGCAGCAUUGGCGAAGUUUGGCCCUUGGCUUCUCCCUUUGCCUGCGAUUGCCAUCAUCGGCCGAGAGAUUACUAUGUCCGCACUACGAGAGUGGGCUGCAUCCCAGGGGAAGGACGUUCGCAAGGCUGUGGCGGUAAAUGGUUUAGGGAAGUGGAAAACAGCAGCACAAAUGAUGGCUCUUACUUUGCUACUGGCUGGCCGAGAUGGCGGAGGAGGAGUUGCACUUGGAGUAACAGGUGUUAGUUUGCUUUACGUCUCUGCAGGAUUGGCUUUGUGGUCCCUUGUCGUGUAUAUAAGGUCCCUGUGGAAACGAAUUGCAUAAUCUUGAUAAAGCCAUGGUCCAUUGUUAUACAUCUGUUUGACAGAUAUUUUAGACGUAGAUGGGAUUAUUAUAGAAACCAACAUUUUGAAUAGAUAGAUUUGGAGGGAAUUGGCCUUUCAGCUUAUGUUAUUGCUGCAUGUUCAACGAUUUCCAGAGCAGUUUCAGAUCUGCUUCUUCCUCAUUCUGCUCA